CGUGGAAAGGGAAAUAUGGAUUUCAGUCGCGAAAGAAUCGCCAAGGGAUUACCUCUGGGCUUUGUUUUCUCUCACGGUUCCUCUAAGGGUUAACUAAAACCCUUUUAAAGGUUUGUUAGGAUUUCCAAGUUCAUAAUUUAAGAAAAAAAUUUUAACUAACUCACAAGAAUUGACAAGCAGCUUUUGCAACCAAUGUCCUAAUCAUUUUGCUAGCCGUGUAUUCGUGUGAUCUCUACAGAAGGUUUUCAAACAUAAUGUUUCUUCAACGAGCGUAUUAUAGUUAUAUUUCCUGACGGUGAGAGCCUAACAAAUCUCACGAUUUUUAAAUUGCGGCUUACUUAACAUUAAUUUUACUUUAAGAAGAAACAAUUGUUCAUUACAAGUGUCUGACGGCUACUCCUCGUUUCUAAUGACAAUGCUUUUAUUUUGCUUCUCAGAAUUGAGAAUUGCACUAACGCAGUUCAAUUUCUGACUUAUUUUUAUGUCUUGUUGUAUAAGCCGCUAUUCAUUUGUCCUGGUAUAGGAGAAUUAUGACCAUGACAUCUGUUUAUUUUACAGAAAAAAUAAAUGUAUCGUCUAUUUGGAAGAACUGGAAGCCCUUUAGACGAUUAUUGCGUGACUCAAAUCACUGGACCUUUUAGGCAAUGUCACGCACUAUCAGCCCUGAAAGGAUGUAAAUAGAUGUUUGACUUGUUUGUUGAGAUUGUUGGCUAGAUAGUUAGCUGUUUAAAAACGAUAAUGAUGAAAGUUAAUGAUCUAUUUUAGCAAUCAGUACUUUUCUUGAACUGGCAGCUCUUAUAAACUACGGUACAUAAAUAUUUCAAUCUAGCUAAGUCGCAAGCUGACAAACAUGUAAAGGAAGAAAGUUCCUUUGGCCAGUGGAACAGUAAAAAUAAUCAAAGGAGCAAUUUAUGUUAUUUUAAAAUACUAACUAUUCACAAAGUCAACCCUCCAAGUCCUAAGGUUUAGGGAGACUUUUUUACAAAUCAAGUCACCAGCUUGGUCACAACUUGGAGGGUUGAAACUGCAAACAGAAUAGAAAAUAUAUAGAAAUUUUCCUUCACAGAUCAAAAUACAGUGUACAACCUGUGACCAUGCUAAUUGUCUUUUAACUUUUUGCAGGUCCACCAAGCCAGGAGUGGAGCUAUCCAUGCUGCAGAUUGCUGACUUUGGGUAAUGCAGUGGACCUGUUUGAAGUUGUGAAGAUGUUUAGAUUUUUAAAUAUUCAGUUUGUUUAGUGAAUAAUGUAACUGAUUUAUGAGCUACAUUUUGUCUUCCAGAUCUUUUUGCUUGUAAUCAUGGACUCACUGAAAUCAACCUCAGUGAAUAGUAAGUUAAAAGGCUUACUUUUAUGGUAUCAAGUGCUGUUCUAAAUGUAUAACAUGAUAAGUCCAUUUGCUCUUUUAGUAAUCAGGGUUGUCAAAAGUAUCUGGCUGCUGGCGAAAAUUGCUGCCUACUUGGUUUGUAUCAGCCGGCUACUCUGCUUAGCAUUUCUUUACGGAUGAUGUUUUUUAAACAAAAUAUCCCUGAACUAGCCACUUUUUUUGACAACUCAGCCAUCUACUUCAAAACUGAGUAAUCAUAUUUGAUAUCGUAAGUUACUUCAUCGACAUGUUUAACAGCUGCUCCAUUGACUCGUCAAAUUUUUGAUUACCAAAACUGUUUCCACCUGUACUCUAAUUAUACAGCACCUACAUGUAAAGGGGCCAUGGGACUGCUUGAGCAACCGUUCUCCAUUUUACUGGACAACAGAGGUUGAGUCUGUGGGAGUGAAUUGGGUCAAAAAUACCCUAAAAGAAGGAUAGUUUUGACAAAAUUUCAAAAGUACAUGUAACAGCUUAACAUAAGGUCAUGGAAAACUUUAAAGGUCAUGGAAAAAGUUAUUAAAAGUCAUGGAAUUCAAAGAACACAAAGAGUACAAACUUUUUUUGAAAUUAUGUUUUAACCAAAAACUGUUGCUUUAAUUGUGAGCAUUCACUGAGAUUUUACAAGGUUUCACCUCCAUCUUGGAUAUGGCAGAAGUUGGAUGGCAGGUUAUAACUGAAAUAAAUUUGCCAGUUGUUGGUGUCGGUGUUCGAGAAGCUUGAUUUAUGACACUAACUGCCAUAAGUGUGUUGUGAUAGGUUCCAUUGAAAUCUGCUGACCUCAAGAAUUAUGUCCCAGAUAGUCAUAACUUAAGUUAAAAAUGGCAGGCAUAGCAAUAAAGUUGCCCCAACUUUUUCAAGUUUCAAUCCAUGUCCAUCCUUGCCAUUCAUUGCAAUAGAUGAUAGGAAACAGUUUCAUGUAAUGCUUAAAUAACAAAACUAGACCAUUAUUUUUACCGUUUUAGCUUUUUAAGGAGAUAGUAAAUAACCUGACAUAGCCUUCUUGAUUUGUAGGAGUACAGGUGACUGACUUAGGUCCUGAAACUUGACCCCUAACCUUCUUAACACUUUCAGUCACACCCAGACAAGCACAUACAAAUCAAACCUGACCUAAAUCCUAAAGAGCUAUUCCUUUUUUAUAGGUAGUAAAAGAACAAGUUUAAGGAACAACAUUCAUACUAACAAAAUCAUAAUGAUUAAUUUAAAAUUGUAGUAUUAUUAUUGUGUGCCUUGAUUUAUGAGACUUUUUUAAGCCCAGGGUUUUUCAAAAAUUUGUAUAAAUACUACAAUUGUUCAAAACAAUGAAACAAACUUUUGAACACCCUUUAGUUUGCUGUCGGCGCAUCAAACUGACUGUUUUCAUAUUUUAUCCAGGUCAAAAACAUUCUGAAUUUUAUUUAACGACACGCCCUUAGGUACUCAACAAACAUUAAUUAAUAAGGGGAGGCCCCUUACCUUACCUUACCAGUUCAACCCCUCUAUAGCCCUUAAGCUUUGUAUACCAUUUUUGACAGAAUAGGUACUCAGCCUUUCACAUACCUUCCCAUGACAAAUAGUACCCCAGUUCUCAGUUGUCUAAUUUAGAACUUUGCAUCUCUUUUAACUGCUGUAUGUGUACUGUCUUUCAAAUAUGAAUAAAUCACAAAACCAGAACGUAUUCUCGACUUUUUCACGAAUAUAAAAUGAAUCUGUCAGCCUUUUUGGUGUUUUUACAGGCUAAAAUCACAGAUUUCCCUGGCUUUCAUAUUCUUCAGUUAGUGAAACCCCUACCUUUCAUAUACUUGAAACCUGAAAAAGGUACCCCUUCAGGCAAAGCCUUCUCUUAAAAGUCAUUAUAGGGAGUAACCCUGGGACUACAUGUACAUGCCUGCAAAUAAUUUAAAUUCUCUGAUGAGGUCACUGUUUUUACUGGACAAACCAGAAAAGUUGUCAGACAUGCAUUAUAUUUCACUUUAUAAAAUCUUUAGAUUUAAAAGUAUUUAAUUUGUCCAUGCAGUCAUGAUGUCUGACUGCAGGUUGAAUUUCGUUGGAGAUGGGCAAAUUUUUAAGCGACAGUAGUCCAAUGAAUGAUUGUUAUCUUCGGCUUUGAACUAUAAAUAGAACUUUUGUUUAUCGUAUUUUACCUUUUGACAGACUCUGAGUGGAUUAACGAGUGCCAGACACGUCUACGAACGAUUUAUACCACCAAAAACAAAGUCAACAUCAUUCCAUGGGAUGAAGACUAUGCCUUUGAUAUUGAUAAGAUUUACACAGAGUUGUCUUGGCUUAAGGAUCACAGGAAACCCAGUGGAGUGACGCAAACGAAACUUACAGACUACACAGAAAUAUUCAAUAGCGGAAAGCGACUUUUAGUUUACGGCCGGCCAGGUAUUGGUAAAUUCUUUUUAUGGCAAAAUUGCAUGUUUUAACAAAAGCCUUUGAAAACAUCUUGUGUCUGAAGUUUGGUCCCAAUAUCCCAUUUUAAUUUGCCAUCUAAUCCAAUUCUUACUGCCAAAAACCUACGUUCAAAUCCUGCACCAAUUGCAAAAACAACCAUUUUCCUUAGUCCAUGGAUAAUAGAAAUUAGUCUUUCUAUUAUCCAUGCUUAUAAUAGUCUAAAAAUAAAACCCAGUUCUCUUUCUCGCUCGUUAGUUAGAGGCAGCGUGGCCGAGUGGUCAUCGCGUCGGACUGGCAAUCCGGCGGUCCCGGGUUCGAGGCCCUCUCAGGCCACUUGCUGGAUUUGUUCUCGGUCGUCCCGCGUUGAAAUCCGCGGCCACGCUUGCAAAUAGCCAACUGGUUGCCUCCUGCCAGUUGGGGAUUUUAAUCCUGUUAUGUUGUAUUUGAAUUAUUUGUUUCUAAAUAGUUGAGUGGAGUGCCUGUAAACUAGCUGAAUAAGCUAAGUGCACUUUCCACUAUAAACAAGCCUUUUUAAGCCUUUUUUAAGUUCUACCCCCUUGAGGCCCUAUUCACUGAUUCGUGAGUCACUGGUUUGUAAUUUCGUUGAUCCUCACCUGACACUGUAUCUCCAUUGAUUCCCGGCUCAAAAGUCUUAGGGGUAAUAAUCUAUUUUUUAAUUUUUCAGUUGUCUUGGGAAUAUCCUGAAUAAAUUGUUUCUUUUGUUUGUGCUGUUAUCCAGGCGUUGGAAAGACUGUUUUUACCAAGAAAGCCGCUUUUGACUGGUCCCAACAAAGAUUUCAAGGAACGACUGCAGAAGCGUUUGAUCUUGCCUUGCUGAUAAAACUAAGCGAUGUCAGUAAUCUUCACGAUGUUCCGUCCAUUUUAAAGGCUUCUCAACCGCUCGUCAACGACAGCCAAAUUUCCGUGGGUGAUGUGUACGACUACGUUCUUCAUCAUCAAGAACGCGUCUUGCUUAUCUUAGACGGCUAUGAUGAGUACAGCGCUGGAAAGCCAUCGCCUAUUGACGAAAUUUGGAAGAGAAAUCGACUAAGAGAAUGCUGCGUUAUAGUGACCUCAAGGUUAAUGACAACGGACAAGCUGAGAAGUCCCAGUGAUGCCCAGUUUGAGAUAAAAGGGUUUGACGACAAGCGCCAGAAAGAGUUCGCUCGAAGAUUUUUGGAAGAUGAAGAGGAUGUUCAAAAGUUUCACAUCUUUUUAAGGGAACAACACCUUGAAGAGUUGGCGGAAAUUCCUCUUCUUCUGCUAAAUUUGUGUCUUCUCUGGAUGGAUAAAGAGUUACUAACAAAAAACCGAGCAGAAGUCUUCACUCAGUUCAUUCAGACGUUGUUUAAUCACAUGCGUGGAAAACAAUCCCCUGAAUCGAUGUUUAUAAGACGCGAUUACUCAAACGAACUAUGCGAGUUAGGGCGCGUAGCCUUUGAAGCCCUCAUGAACGAUUGCAUUUAUUUUCCAAAAAGUGAAUUAGCUGCCUACGAUUUGAUCGAGAGAUUAAGUGAAGUCGGCCUUUUUCAAGUUUUAAACUUGGCGGGUCUAAAACCUGAAAGGGGCGUGUACUUUAUUCACAAAUCAGUACAAGAGUACCUCGCUGCCAAGUCCCUGAAAGAAGAACUGGUUUCUGAAGAGUUUGAAAGUACACCUUUUCUGUCAAAGUUAAACUCGGUUGAAAAGAUAUUGAAGAUGACGGAAGUGUUAAAAUUUGCCAGUGAGUUGUCAGAAGAAGCCUCGCGUAAGAUCAUGAGUUAUCUGAUGGGAAUGGCGCCGCAGAACGGACUGACAGAGUAUGGGUUCGACAAAGAAACACCGUCAGAGGAGGAUUUGUCACAGGAGCAAAAAAAUUUUCUGACGCUCUGUACACAGUUACUUUUCUACCGCCCAGCUGAGGCAAGAAGGGAUCUCUUUCCUACAUUUCUUUCCUCUUUAGGAGGAGUGCUUUUAAUUAAUCCAGACCAGCUAAAUGCUAUUGUAAACGAACAGUUAGUCAAAGCUAGUGAGGACCCUCGUUACGUUUUUUUCGCCAAUUGCAACUAUGAAGAGCAGGACUAUAAAAACUUAGUAAUUUUAUCUGAACAAUUAAACGCUGUUGUUGUUACCUGUUCAGGAGAAAAGAAAGCGUCCGAAUUUUUAAGCAACUCGCCAUGGCGUCGCACUGACGAAUUUUUCUUAAAGAAAGAAAACAUAACCCACCUUUACUUGGCUAAACUUGUAAAAGCUGAAUACAGUGGCAUUCCUUUUCUUGCCCGUGAUAUGAUUAAGGCGCUAAUACGCUUAGAGUCAACAAAGAAGUUGAACAUAAAUCCUGAAGAGUCAACUGAAGACAGCAACUGUUCUUCAAAGUAUCAUGCUCUGUCGAGGGUGAGGAAGAUUGAAACCCUUGGAGUGGACGGUUCAGAAGUGGAACAGCUGAGUGAGUUGAUGCCGUUUGUUACCGCUCCACAAACUAUAGGGGUCUGGGGUGAACCCGGUGAAGUGUACGAUGCAGAGGUGACAGAGUCUCUGCUGCGAAAAAUUCCACUUACACGCAAACUGGAGAGACUAGCACUCGAUGCUAUCAACCUAACACCAGCCACUACUGCUUCGUUCAUUUUCUCAUUGUUUCAAGAAUGUCUAAACCUGGAGUCGCUAGACAUGUCCGAGAACCCAUUACUGGGUGCAGGAGUCAGUAGCUUAGCUUCUUAUCUCAGCUGCGCUCCUCGCCUUGGGGAACUUCUGCUGUAUGAUGUUAAGAUGACACAACAACAAGUACACGAGUUGUCUACGGCAGUGAAGCAGAAUAGCAUAACUCGGCUGGAGUCUUCCUACCACGUAAGUUUGAUCACAGUUUGUUUCUUAUUCUUAAUCUACAGUGCUUAGCGCUUACCUUCCGCCAUUUUUCCUUUCUCUGUAAUUUGAAACACGAGGGUGGCUUAUUUGAAAACAAUUCUCAAACUACGUAAGUUGAAAGUAUCAUUUUAAAUUCAUUCCUUCGUAUUGAUUAAUAUAAGCUUGUCCUUCCAGAAAUGACAAACAACGAUUUGCACCAUUUGCCUUAAAAUACAUGCCCUCUCUCAAUUGCAUGCUUGGCGCUUAUCGAGAGACAUGGCUAUGAAACUUUUAGUGAAAGUCAAAAACUUAAUUACACUGAAGCUGUCUCUGCGUGCUUCGCGCCUUUUACUCCUAUCUUGAUUGAUGAUGGAGCCGGUACAAAGGUUUUAUGUUAGGUUGUAUGCAGUAAACCUGUUUUUGUUAACUUUUGAGUGCUCGUUGUUUCUACCGUCCGACGGUUUAUCACUUACAUGUACAAGAUAAAACGUUACUUUAAGAAAGUAAUAAGGCUUGACAAUCUGAGAGCCAGCGAGCCAUCUGAGCCACGGGAAACUGCAAAUACAUCAAAAAGGGUUUCUUCUUGGUUUCCCAAAUGGUAUGUGGGGUUUUGCUGUUGAAAUACUUGCAGAAUUACGCAGUCUUGGUCGACUUUCUCUGAUUAGGGUUAAGAGCUCAUUUUACUGACUAAGGGUAAGCGCUUAUUUUACGGAUUAGGGUAUAAGCACUCAUUGAUGAGAGAUGAGGGUUAAAACACUCAUUAACAGCGGUUAGCUUUCAGUUAUACUCUUUUUUCCGUAUUACUGCUUUUUCGGCUUUUUCGUAUUUUUUCCCCAUAGUUCGCAUUGUCUUAACUGAAAGUAGUUCAACUGCUUACUGUUACUUUGUGAUUCGUAACAGGAUGAUGAAGGGAAUCCUAAACCUGAACAUCAAUGGCCAUCAGAGGAUUAUUGGAAAAAAUCCUAUCCGCACGUCAGUAUCCCUGAAUCAUCAACUGAAAUACAGAACAAACAGCAGCAGGUGGGUGGUCAACUUUUGUUACAUAAAGGAAUGUAUAAUUUGCUCGAGUGUUUUUUUUGUAAUUUAUUCUGUGAAAGGUUUGAACCCAAGAUUCAUUUCAUUAGUAGAUUGAGUAUGAUCGUCCGGGUGAACGUAGUCCUGAAUGGGACUGUUGUUGUUGACAGUCACUGACAUUUCGACAACCCAUGCGGUAGUCAUCUUCAGAGUCAAAGUGAGUUGUAUCAUAUCAGUUGAUGGUAUUAAACUCUGGUUAUUGACCUGAUUGGUCAAUUAAGUCGCUACGUUAUUGGUCUGUCAGUUAAGCUUUGAUGUUAUCCUAUUCAGGACUACGUUCACCCGGACGAUCACACUCAACCUACCUAUGUAAUUUAUUCUGUCGAAUUUAAUAGACCUUUUUACCGAUUCGGCGGCCAUAUUGAAUUUAUUAGAUUUAAGGAGUAUUAUGGGAUGCCCAGGGGGUAUUUGUUCAGUAUUUAGCGCGCUUUCCGGGCAAAAAGAAAACUUCACGGUGUAUUUCUCGGGAAUAAGGCGAUCAUUAUUACAUCCAAACACGACAGGACGAUCUUUUUUUCCCAUUACAAUCUUUUUCUUAAAGAAAAAUUGUCCCGAAAAGCGCGCGUAAAUACUGAGCGAGUAUGUGGGAUCGUGCUCAUGCCCCGUAGGCCUCCCAUAGAUAAUACUCCUAAAAUCUAAUAAAUUCAAUAUGGCCGCCGUAUCGGUAAAAAGGGCUAUUGUAACGGAUUAUAGUAAGAUGAACAAAAAGAUUGCUACUUUUGGGGGUUUUAAAGGGGUUUUACUAUCGUUUGUCAUUAGGCGAAUCUCGGGAGGUAAAGGGUGUGUUUCUUAUAAUGGUUGUUAUGUUCUGGUCUGCGUUUUUGUAUCUCGUGGUCGUGGUUUUCCUUGUUUCUCCUCAUUUAAUUGGCUCAAUGACCCCUGAACAGUCUUGUUUAGAAACAAUCGAUUCGAAUUUCUUAUAAUAGUCUAACAAGUGAUUUCUUUGUUUAUUACUCUCUUCUUAAUAUUUCAGUCGUCCUAAAAUGUUUUUUCUAGUUGGCAGCCGAAAUCAUGGUCAAAACGUAACCGACGUUCGGUGGUUAGCUCGAAAGCUAAGCUCCUCUAACCACCGUACACUUCUAUCCAAGCCAUUAAUUUUCUUUUUUUUUUCCUUCUUCUUCUCCUUUAUAAGUGUAUUCCUACCAUACUAUAUAUAAUGUAAAUAUUUUAUAAAGUGUGAAUAAUAUUAUAAAUUGAAUUGAAUUGAAUUGAAUUGAACCUUCUUGUAAAGAUCUAAAAUUCUAUUUCAAAGUUAAUUCCUUCACGGGAACAUUAUAGGACUUUUUGAAAUUUUGUCGGAAACGUGCCGCUAUUUGAUUUUGUUUGGAUAAAAACCAUUUUCUUUAGAUUGGGAAAAAUUUUUGAUGUGGUUCUUUCAACGGAGGUUUGUUAUGCAAUUAAUGUAAAUGCAAAUCUGCGAGCCACGCCAAAAAAAAAAACCGUAACACAGACACGCACGUCAUACAGCGCAGCGUUGAUUUUUUUCGCCAAUGUGACUGAGGGUUACAAGUUUCAUUUCCCCAGGGAGCUGAUAUUCUAUCUUUGUAGUCUCGUUUUCUCAACUAUCGCUUAAUUAUCUCAUAAGCACAUAGCCUUUUGUUCUCUUUAUCCCUUGCAGAUUCUGGCAGAGACUCGACCCAGUGCUCACUACUCACCCUCAACUGGUGACAAUCGAAAAACCGUGGCACCAGUUCCAGUCUCUCUCUAUCCUGCUGGUAAGGUUUCUAUUUACAUGUAAUUCGAAAAUUCUACAAAUUCAGUGUUUGGUAAGUUUAACAAUUUUUCACAUCUGAACAAAUAAUUGCUUUGACUUGAGCCGGUAUUACACUUUGUGGCAAGUUUGUCAAGAUAAUUCUCUUCAUAAUCAUAAUCGCGGUAAAAAAAAUGGACUUAUAUUUACUCAUUUAUAUAUUUUUUUACUUUGAUUAUAUUUAUUCCCCAGUCUGUUUAUAGACAAAAAUAGGACUCCCCGCAGUAUAACACUAUUAUUUAUUGGACCAGGCAUUAUAACCACAAAUAGAAUUGAAAAGCAAGGUUAUAGUUGAAACAGCGAGGAAGUCUGAAAGGAAAAGUUACUUGCAAUGCUCGCAGCUUCCACCUCCUGUUCUGCAAUCGUUACUUUCUUCAAUGCGCAUUUCCCAUGUAUAUUUAAGUGAGCAUUGUGGUUCGACUGAUUGUGCAGUAUUGUUUGAUAAAGCAAUGACAUAAAAACAUUAAUUUAAAGUUUAAGUUAAAUGAUUCUUACCUUCCAUACAAUGUUUAAAAUCUAAAAAGGUAAAAUAUGAAGGUAUAGAGCGCUUACCAUUUGUACGGAAAUUUCGGUGAAAAUUUUGGUGUCAAAUGGUACUGGUAUUUUUUCUCAUUGAAAGCAGAAAUGGGAUUGCGUUGUACCAUUUAUAAAGUACUGGUUAAUUUUUCACUUUCUCUCGAGUGAAAGCCUAGCACUGGUAAUCCAGACAAGUAGUACAAAAGAUUUCGAUCGUUUCAGUAAAGUGGGAAAAAAAACCGGGGCAGGUAUUACAAAUGGUAAGCGCUCAUAGUAACAGCUCAAAUAACUUAGGAGUCAAUUAACUUAGGAGGGACACUUUGAAAGAAUUGAGGCUAGAUUUACAGAUGACUUUAGACGGGAGAGUAUUUCAUUCACUGACGUAACGUUUAAAAAUGAAAACAACUAUUGCUAGAGGUCUGCGGCCUUAGCUUAAAAUCAUGGUUCUUACAAGUGGACCUGUAAUGUCAAAAAAUUUGGGGGUGUCCACUUCAAAAUACCCAAAUAAAGUUCUGUGCAUUUGGACCAGGCUUGGACUUUCACCUCAGUUCUAAGGAAUCCCAUCUUUACUCCACUAAUCUUCGCUACUGGACUGGUAAAGAUAAAAAAUAAAUGUACUUAAUGACUAUAAGUGACAAGCCAAUCUAAAAACACCCUCGUUUCGCUGUGUCAUUAUGUUACUUCAGGGACCCUAACUGGCUAAUUUUUUUUCCUCAACAGAAGAAGCUCCUAUUCGUAAAGCGCGUCGUCUGGCAUCCCUCAGUCAAUACCCCCGUCUUCCUGUUUAUACACCGUAUUACUCCUCCCCUCAUAUCCAUCGAGCUACGUCCACCAUCGUUACACCUACACCAGGAGGGUCCUCGAGUCACAAUCGUUAUCUCGCCAGUUGUUCAGGCUUUUCUGCAGUUACUCAGGAUGAGACCAAGGUGGAGCGUUUGUCUGUUGAUGAGGUAAUGAGGGCGGAUUCAAAAAGCCAUUAUUGUUUUUAAUUAGUGGUUAGAAUAUAUCUUAACGUGGGUAGAAGUCGAUGGGGAAUGCAAAGGGGGAAUUCAGGAGUGCGGAAAGGGCAAAUAAAAUGGCGCGCCGUGCUGCUCGUGUUCUCGCCCGCCUAAAUUUCCCGUUUGUCUUCCCCCUCAAUCGCCUGCCACGCAGGCGUCAUUUAUUAAUUCUGCGAAUGACUUAAUAGAUUAGUCGCCAACUCUCGACACAUUUGUUGACAGAAAAGUUCGUCAACUCUCUGGUCUCUGAGACACCAUUAAGCUGAGGCCGUCUUUUUGAAAAACUAAUUAAAAUCAUCGCGCUUCCUUCAAAUGCCAAUCAAAGUAAAAACUAUGGGAAACUAGUUAGUACCUUGUCUAGAAAACAGAGAGCUGAUGCAAUAAAAAAGAAAUUUAACGUGAAAUGAUAUACAAGAAAACAUGCGCCUGCCGUGCAUGUGCUUUACAAAACACGCUCCGUCUAUUCACGAGUUCAUUUUCGGCAAAUAAGAUACUCCGAGGUUCAGCUUCGGUAAUCAGUAACUACCAUAGUGUCUAUCAUUAAUAUACGAUAAAUUUCUUAUCUAUUGUAUAUGUAUUUUUAUGUGGUAAUGGCAAAAUGAAUGAAUGAAUGAGUGAAUGAAUGAAUGGAAUACAAUAAAAUGAAUAAAAUGGUUGCUAUGAUUGGUUCAAUUACGCCUGAAACAAUCGUGAGUUGAAUCCUUACAUUAACAAGUGCUUUCUUUGGUUUUUGCUUUCUCCUAAUAUUUCAGUCGUAGUAAAAAAGUUUUCUUAUAGUUCAGGUUGCUUUAGUUGCCGGAAUCAUUGUCAAAACAUCAAUGGCUAGAAAUACCGUGACUAACUUUGAACGAUCUGAAAUUCUAAUUAAAAGUUAAUUCCUUUUCCGGAAGAUUGUUAGGUUUUUUCAAAUAGUGUUGGAAACGAUUUGAUUUUUUUCAAUUUGCUGGAUAGAAAACGAUUUUCUUUACACUGGGAAAAUAUGAUGACGUGGUUCUUUCUACGAGGGCUUGUUGUGCAGUUUAUGUAAAUGCAAUGUGCGAGAUACGCCAAAAAACAACAAAAACACACACACAGCGCAGCGUUGCAUUUUUUCGCAAAUGUGACCGAUCAGAAGAGGGUACAAGUUUCACUGGUUCAGAGAGCUGAUAUUCUAUCUUUGUAGUCUCGUUUUCUCAACUAACAUAAACGUUCUUUGGCUCCAUUAUAUCAUGAGCUCAUCUCCUCUUCUUCUCUUAAUCCCUUGCAGAUUCAGACUCGCGCCAGUACUCACUACUCGCCAUCAACUGGUGACGAUCGAAAAACCGUGGCACCAGUUCCAGUCCCUCUCUAUCCUGCUGGUAAGGUUUCCAUUUACUUGUAAUUCUACAAUUCUACAAAUUCUGUGUUUGGUGAGUGUUAACGACAGUUUUUCAUAUCUGAACAAAUAAUUGCUUUGACUAAAGCCGGUGUUACACUUCGUGAAAAGUUUGUCAAAAUCAAAAUUCUCUCCAUAAUUAUAAACACGGUAAAAAAAAUUGGACUCGUAUUUACUCAUUUAUAUUUAUUUUACUUGGAUUUUAUUUAUCCUUCAGUCUGUUUAUAGACCAAAGUAGGACUCCGCGCAGCAUGAACACUAUUACUUAUUGGACCAGGCAUUAUAAACACACUGAAUAGAAUUGAGAAGCAAGGUUAUAGUUGAAACAUGGAGGAAGUCUGAAAGGAAAAGUUACUUGCAAUGCCCGCGCCAUCCACCUCCUGUUCUUUAAUCUUUACUUUCUUAAAUGCGCAUUUCCCAUGUAUAUUUAAGUGAGCAUUGUGGCUCGACUGAUUGUGCAUUAUCGUUUGUUAAGGCAAAGUAAUAUAAACAUUAAUUUUGAGUUUAAUGAUUCCGUACCAUCCAUACGAUGGUGUAAAAUCUUAAAAGGUAAAAGGUGCAGUUAUAGAGCGCUUGCCAUUUAUACGGAAAUUUCGGUGAAAAGUUUUGUGCAAAUGGCACUUUUUUUUUUGCAUUUAAAAAAGGAAUGGGAUUAAGUUGUAUCAUUUACAAAAUACCGGUACAUUUUUUGCUUUCCGCUCUCGAGUGCUAGCACUGGUAAUCCAAACAUAUGGUACAAAAGAUUUCGGUCAUUCCGGUAAAGUAGGGAAAAAAUACCUAGGCGGGUAUUACUUUUUUUUCCGACAAAAUUCCACCGGAAUGAACCUUUCCAUUUGAAUUCUCCCCAGAAUUACCAGAUUUCCUUACAAAUGGUAAGCGCUCAUAGGAGCAACUCAAAUAACUUAGGAGGCGAGGGACACUUUGAAAGAAUUAAGGCUAGAAUUACAGAUAACAUAAUUUAGACCAUUCACUGAGGUAACGUUUAAAAAUGAAAAUAAUUAGUGUGAGAGGUCUGCGGCCUUAGCUUAAAAUCAUGGUUUCUAUGAGUUUGUGGUGGACCUGUAAAGUAAAAAAUUUUGGAGGCGUCCACUUCACAAUACCCAAAUAAAGUCCUGUGCAUUUGGAUCAGGCUUAGACUUUGCGCCCCAGUUCUAAGGAAUCCCAUUUUUAUUCCACAAGUCUUCGCUACUGGUAAAGAACAAAUAUAGUUGUACUUAAUGACUAUAACUGAUAAGCCGAUCUGCAAACACUCUUGUUUCGCUGUGUCAUCAUGUUACUUGAGGUGAUCCUAACUGGCUACUUUUUUUGUGCUCUACAGAAGAAGCUCCUAUUCGUGAAGCGCGUCGUCUGGCAUCCUUCAGUCAAUACCCCCGUCUUCCUGUUUAUACACAGUAUUACUCCUCCCCUCAUAUCCAUCGACCUACGUCCACCAUCGUUACACCUGGAGGGCCAUUGAGUAGCAAUCGUUAUCUCGCCAGUUGUUCAGGCUUUUCUGCAGUUACACAGAAUGACCCCAAGUUGGAGCGUUCAUCUGUUGAUGAGGUAAUAAGGGCGGAUUAACAAAGCCAUUAUUGUUAUUAACUAGUGGUUAGAAUGCAUCCUAACGUCCGUAGAAGUCGUUUAAAGGGGAAUGGAAAGGAGGAAUUCGGGUGCGCAAGAAGCGCAAGUGACGCGCACUACCCUUCGUGUUCUCGUCCGCCAACCUAAAUCUCCCUUUUCCCUUCUCCUUCGAUCGCCUGUCAUGUGGGAGUAAUUAUUUACUACUGAGAAGGCCUUUAUGGAGUCGCUGACUCGCUAACAAAGUUGUUGAUAGAAGAGCUCGUUUGCCCGUUGGUUUCUGGGACAUGAUUAUUUCAUUAAGCUUAGACCCUCUUCUUAAACAACAACUUUCGCGCCUCUUUCAAAUGCCAAUCAAAUAAAAAACUGCGAGAAACUCGUUAAUACCUUGUUGAGAAAAUAGAGAAGUGAUGCGAUAAAAUAGAUAUUUACUUUACGUUGAAAUGAGAUACCGAAGAAAAUUCCGGCACCCGUGCAUGUACUUGUCAAAACACUCUUCGCGUGUUCACGAGUUUAUUUUCUCCAAAUAAGCCACUCCGAGAUUCAGCUUCUGUAAUUAGCUUUUACCAUAUUUUUGUUCCUCCUUUUAAUUGUUGUACUAAAAUUUGGAAGCUGUUUUAUAGUUGUAGUUCGUAAAUUAAUCCAUACGGUCGCGCGGAAGCUGAAUCGAGGUUUCCUCCUUGGUACUCCGCUCCCCUAUCUUUGACCUCAGUUCAGCUUUCGCGCGGCGCGGUUGUAAGUAUCUACUUAAUAAACCACAAACGCUUAAAAAACACACAAACAAGAAGAGAAGUAUCGCCGACUUUUGCGCUACAUGUUUUAUAUAGAAAACAAUUGAUGAAAGUUACUACAGUAACGCAGGUUGUAUAUUUCAACGCCUUGAUAAAUUUCCAAGCUUAUAACAACGAGUGCGAUUCGUUAUAAGCGGGAUUACCGAGAACUGUUAGAGAUACACGCUAAACAAGUUUUAGAAGGCGCGGAUCUGCGUAUUCAAGAUUAAAGGUUAUCGAAUAUGAUAUCCAUCCCUUGCCAAAAUUAGCUGGAUUUUCGAAAAAUGCCUUUGAAGACGACUUUAGACUGUAGUCUAUUACUCGGCAGAGUCUGCUAGAGCCACUGCGAACGUUGGGGUACUCAAAAUAAACAAAAACACGUUAAUAGCGCGAUUUAUCGGCAACGUUCCUCCUGUGUCAUUUUACUGGAAAUUUAAAUCGUCACAGCAGUGCUUAUGAUCGUGAUACUUGUAGCGUACAAUGUAAAUACACUACCUACAGAACUGAUAAGAUCAGAAGCUGUUGUUAAUGUUUCCGCAGGAAACGUGAGCGUGAAAAUCUCUUCCCGGAGUUCCCUUACUAGGUGGCGCGAGUAAAUGCACGCCCGAAGUUGCCCAAAGUACACUUCGACAACAACGACUAUAUGCCGUUUUCAUAUCGGGUAACUUCGGACCGAUCCGAAGAUCGUCUACAACGACUGAGUUACUCUUUUGCAUAUCUUAACCGCCUGCCCAGCAAUAACUUCGUGGAAUACACUUCGGGUAUUCACGAGUUUAGAGGGAUCAUUUAUGAAAAUAUUAUUUUUAUUUCACUUUAGAUAUACUAUUAUGCGCGACCAUUUUAAAUUGCCUAAUAAGCCAUUUCCGAGUCUCAAAAGCUCUCACUUCCAAAACGAGGCUAAGUGCAAACACUAUUUUUGUGCAAAUGCGAUUUUUUUUGCAUGAGAAUAAAAUGGCUUUCAUAUCAAUGGCUUUGUACUUAGCCUCGCUUUGAAACAGAGACUUGGGAAAUUUCGGAAAUUGCUCAUCACAAAUUCCAACACAGUAGACAAAAUCAGUAAGUGUACGCUUACUCUGUCCUCAGAAGCUUACAUACGAACACUCAUACUACAUCGUACAAUUUUAUCCUUUGCAGAGGUUCAACCUUCCCAGCACAUCUUUUAAAGCACAUGAUGAACCAGGUCCUUUACAAGGUCGGUUGUAAAUAAUAAUUUUAAAUUACCUAAAUACGAUCUCAUAUCAUACCUGCCUUGCGCAGAACAUAAUCAGGACAGAAGGGCACGAGUCCAAACGGUGCUGUAACGUCUUAGCGUCAAGGUCAGAUAAUAUAAAGGAUAGCCUAAUCACCCACGACUGCAAAGUGUGAACGAGCUUUUUUGGCGAUGACUCACUCAGACCACCUUUUCUGAGAACGCGAUCGUUUAAGUGUUCUUUGAAGGAAUACAACCCAAACUCUGCCACCAGAAUGUGGUUAUCUGCCGAAGCAUAUUCGAGUACUUACCUUAUUUGCAAGAACUUUGCUUGCAAAGUGAUGUUCACUGUGUCACCAUAUUAUUUUUGGAAUCUUAAUUUGUACCUUUUUUCUGUACAGUCCGUUUUGCAACUCCUACUCAUAGAGCGCAUGGAUUUAGCCACGGCCUGUCACCCUUCAGUCAAUACCCCCAUCGUCCUGUUUAUCCGCAGUAUUACUCCUCCCCUCAUAUCCACCGAGCCACGUCGACCAUCUUUACACCUGGAGGCUCCUUGGGUAGCAAUGUCGCGAGUUGUUCGGGCCUUUCUGCAGUGACACAGGAUGAGACCAAGUUGGAACGUUUGUCUGUCGAUGAGGUAAUGAGGGCGGAUUCACAAAGCCGUUAAUGUUUUAGUCAGUGUUUAUAAUUCAGUUUAGCCUACGUGGAAGUCGUUCAAAGCGGAAGAAAAGGUUAGGGUUAAUGUUACCACAAGUCACACGUGUUAGUGGAUAUAUAUGUUAUGAUGAAGACAACGUCAACUUGUUGGUCACUGGGACAUUCUACAGCGUAGGUCCGCUUUUGGUAAGGCCUUAAAAUGUUAUUCGAUUACUAUUUAUACUGAAAAUAAUUUAUUUUGUUUCAACUCUUGGAGUACUGUUAGCGACUACUUUAAAUCGUAUAGUUCAGAGUUUCCAUACAGCAUUGAUUGAGUUUACGGUUAGUCUGUGCCGAAAGCCUAUAGAGCGUUUUCACUCACGUGAUGAGUAGCUAUACAAAUUUACUGGAAAAAAGAAAUUUUUUACAGAAGAAAAAGGUUCAAUUCCCACAGGACUGAUUUGAAACUCCAACAUGGCCGCCGUUUCAUUGGUUUAGUACACCAAUAUGGCGGACGUGACGUCAUGUGGCAAAGUUCUAUACGACGAUCACUCAAACCACUUCGCACUUGUUGAUCCUUUGCAGAGUUUGAAUCUUCCCAGCACAUCUUCCAAAGUACAAGAUGAACCAGGGUCUUUACAAUUACAAGGUUGGUUGUAAGCAGUUAUUUAAAAAAUAUCAAAAUACCACCUUACAGUAUACUUCUUUGCUCCGGUCGGUUUGUUCAAAAACCUGUGAGAGUCGUCAGCAGUAGAGAUUGCAGCAAAGAUGUACCAACUUCGGAUUAAGUGGAAGCCUGUGCCUUUACCAUAAAAAGCGAUAAACGUGCCUGCCUUUUGUUUCAUAUCCAGGUGAUGCAGACCCUCCGCGAAAAGGAAAGAAAAGAAAAAAACACAAAACAUAUCGGAUGACUGAAGGUGCGCUAAAAGUCAUUACGAUUAGUUUAAUCCAUACAUCUAUGGCAAACGUCGCCUCAAGGAUGUUUUUUGUUCCGUGUGACUCGAUUAAAUCGAGAAAAUAUUAAUAUUUUUUCCCAAAGAUUUAUGGACAGUGGAGAUUUAUGAUAAACGCAAUGAAUCAUUCCUUAUAUCCGUUGCUUUUUCAUCAGGUGUUGAGGAAGCUUCGCCAAAGAAACAUAAACGAAAAAAGCACAAAACACAUCGAAGAGAUGAAGGUACGCUGAAAGUCUUGACAUAAAUUGAAAUCAAUAGUUUGUAACAGAACCUUUCUUUUGAGACCUUUACAGUCAAGGACGGGGACGCCUACAAGGACGAAAUUUGAUUCAAAGUUUUAGCGCGUAUUGUCAAAAAAUAGCUACCCCGGAAAGCUUCAUUUUUCUUUUUUCCGCCGGAAAAGUUGGCACUAUUACUUUUAGUGAGCGAGGUUAAGCCCUCUUCCGAUCCUAAAAUAAUAGAACUUCUAACACUUGAUGUCUUGUUCCCGCCACUAUACCAUUCUCGCUAAAACCCGUAGUAGAAUUUCGAUGGCUACCACGUUUUCCCGCCAAAAUGACGCCGGUUCACGUGCGUUCACCACUUAGUAUUGAGAAAAUCUCGUCUAGUUGUCGGUAUCGUCUGAGAACCUAAAGGUCCCUUUAUUUUCGUUCAUGAAACCUGGUAUCAAUCAUUUCAAAAAGAUUUGUCAAAAGAUCACCAAUGCAUCGAAGGCUAACCCCUGAUUUAGUGGAACUUUAUUUUAGUAAAGUCUUAAGGAACCAUAAACAGAAACAUAAUUGCUAGCAAUUUAUGAACAACCAGUUAAUUUUUUACGGUUGUCCUUUUGUACAUGAAGGCGACAAAGAACCUAAGUGGAAGAGACAAUCAAGAGAAACGCAAGUGCUGAGGGCCGUUAGGUUCAUGGAUAAACCAAAAGUUUAUACCAUUGAUUGGGCCAUUUCUUAGUUCCAACAACACAGGGUUUCGUAUUUUCGUGGUUUUUUAGCCGGCAAAAAUGAAAACUUUCCCAAAGUGUGCCUUAUGUCUCAAUGCCAAACCUUUCUUUCAUAUAAAAAUGAGUUUUAUUUGUCUGGAAGUGAAAAUCGAUUUUUAUAUGAAAGACGUCACACUAACCCUCUUCCUGAGAAAAAGGCAAAAGGUUAACGCGGAAAUGCCCUAUUUAGAAUCAAACACACGAAAAUAAUUUUUAUUUAUUGUCUUUCUACUGAAAUCCCAACAGUAACGGUCCCUACGUAUAUACCAGAGUAGCGUUUCCCUCGGUUACCGUGCUAAAAGUUUCUUUCCGGCGUAGUUUAAGUAUGUACAAAGUCGUUCGCACCGCUGACAUUCGCGGUUAUUGGCUCGUUUACGUCCCGAAAAAUAUUUCUUUCGGGGACUUCAACAAGUUACUGCGUCGCAAACGACUUCUUACAUGCUAAAAAAACGACGCCAUUGGACUGCUACCUCUACUGCCGUUACUUUCGAGGUUCUACGGUGAGGACUUAUUUCACUCCGUGUAAUCCGCUACCAACAUGGUCAAGCAGUAAAUAAACAGAUCUGUUGUAAGACCUGACAGCUGGCCAGUAUGGGUGGCUGCAGAACAGGCUUACCAACCUCUGUUUAGGUUUAUAACCAAGUGUUAUAUAAAUUAAAUUAAAGACUUUCAUUUGUCUUUUUGGGCAAUGUAGGCGGCGAGAAAUCACCCCGGAAUAGAGAGAAAAGACAGCAGCAUAAAGCGCAUCAGGUGACUCACGGUAAGUUGAGUCAAUAGGUUUCUUUAAAUUAAUCGUUUAAAACAAAACUUUUCUUUAUUUUUUCUAUCAAACUCUCUGUCAGUUAAUAAAAGAGUGGAAGCACAGUCUUACCAACCUGUGAUUGAGUGGAAGCCUCAACACUAUUAAGUCGAGUACAAACAAUUAAAUCCUUCCAAUCGUUUUUUUUUUCCUCAAUCUAGGCAACAAAGAAUCUCCACAGAGAGAAAUGAAAGCAAAAAAGUGUGAAGCGCAUCAGGUGACUGAAGGUAUGCUAAUGAUUAAAUUUCUAUAAACCAAAGUUUAUAAAAGUACAUGGCUUUUCUUUGUUUCUUGAUACUUGAUAUCAAAGAAAAAGGAUUUGUUCAGUUUGCUCGGUUACGUUGACUGGACGCGUGUGAUUUUACUUGACCCGUGAAAUAGGAAGUAGAAUAGUAUGCGCUAUUAUGCACUAACUCUAUUGCGUUCUUUUGCUUGCCAGUAGCUGUAUUGCACUAGUUGCUAUUCUCUGUUUCACGGAUCAAGUAAAAUCACUCUAAUGACAUCUGUUUGUUGAACUGAAUCCUUAUGUUCUUCGUCUCAUUGCUUUCUGUAGGUGACGAAGAACCUCUACAAAAGAAAAUCAAAACAGAAUAGUAUUAAUCAGAGCGAAUGACUAAAG